UAAGAGCUCCCAGGUGAUGUAUUCAGGUGUAUUCGACGUAUGCAUGUUCGAUCGAAUAUGACUCGUCAAUACUAUAAACAAACGGUCAACUCUUAUCGGGAUGUGCAUUAAUUUGAUCACCCGUAUGUGUGACGAGUCGAUCUUGACUUGUACUCGUAAAAAACACCAGUAUAUCUAAAUCAUUCGGCUCUGGAAAAUUUUGGAAUGUUGUGGAUUCUGUUCCUUCAUAGUGACUCAAAAACGGACACAAAGUGCGGUAGUUUCAAAGACCGUCCCGCUUUGGACACAAAAUAUUUUUGUCAAUUUUAGGGGUGACAAAUACUUUUAUAAAAACUGAACAAGAAUGCCUGCACCACCUCCUCCUCCACCUCCUCUUUUUAAUACAUCUGGAGCUGGUGUAGGAGAUCAAGAUAGGAGUUUACUUCUUCAAUCAAUUCGAGCUGGGAAGACUUUGAAAAAAACUGUGACUAUAGAUAAAAGUGCACCUGUAAUUAGUGGUAAAGUAAGAACUGAACCAGGAAACUCUUCUUCCUUAAAUACUAAGGAAAAUAGUUCUAAUAUAGCGAACAGUGGUAUUAAUGCAAGUAAUGGAGGACCCAUAGGAUUAGGUGGAUUAUUUUCUAGUGGUAUGCCUAAAUUGAAGCCUACAAGACUCAGGACCUCUUCAGGUGAAAAGAAUACUAGUAAUGUAAAUAAUACAAACCUUGGUCAAUCAACUGUUUCUAGCAUAAAAAGAGGUCCACCUCCAGUCCCACCACCAGCUACUCAAAAACCACAAAUAUUUACUCAGAAGACCAACUCAAUGUCAGGACAAAGUAUCACAGAUUCUGCUAAUUCCAGUGCAGAAACAUCUAAGGGAUUUGGAAAGCCUAUCCUUGCACCUAAACCACCUUCUUCAUCAUCAUCUGUGUUGCACAAACCAUCACCACCUCCUAAGAAAUUAAACUUAACUACUGGAGGAAGUGUGUCAAGGGCACAAAGUAUGCGAUUGCCCAAAUCACCCUCUGUACUUGCCCCAACUUCAGCAUCUCUUCAUCAGUCUCAGGAUUGCCUAAAUGAAACCCAGCCAAGGCCUACAAAUCGAAUUCUUAGACAUCCAAACGCGAAACCUCCCUCCCCACCUACUUCUAGAACAAACAGUGUAACCACUACGGCGACUAGAGUGGCACCACCACCACCUUCUAGAGUGACUGUCAGCGCACCAGGUAUACCACCUCCACCUCCACCUCUUCCACAUCGUCCAGCUCCUACUCAUCAGAGACUAGCUCCACCACCGCCACCACCGCCAACACCUCCUACAAGGAGUUCUUCCAUGCGCAAUGGACAGAUGAUGAGUACUUUAGAUUUAGAGGUUCGAUUUGCGGACAUGUUUCAUUCUAUUGUGAAUUUUCCGCCACCGGAGCCAUUCAAGGGAUUCACGAAAAUCUACAGCAGCAGAAAUGCGGCAAAACAGCAAGCUCCUGCACCACCCAUGCAAAUGUCUUCUAUAUCCAAUACAAUGGUACCAUUAAAUACAUCAUCUGGAGGUUAACUGUGACAAUACAGUACAACUUCUUUGGCACAUAAAACGUU